UUUACGUUGUACUGGCCUUUUAAUUUGUGUGAACAGCUGUUCACGUAAACAAUUCGAACCAAAAAAAUUAAAUUUUCUUCCGAAAAUGUCCUUGAUUGUGCGAAAUUUGAGGACUGCUGUUGUCCAAAGCAUAAAACUAAGUCGCAUGCAAAAAGUUCACCUUCAACCGCACAGAAUCGCUCCACAAAUUUUCAAUUUCUCAACAGAUGCGAAUAAAACGACUCCUCUUCCCUCAAAUCAAGGCUUAAUUUUGACUGAAUCCUGCGUGGCUCGUUUAAAUGAAAUUUGCACAGAUGGCUCGUUUCUUCGAAUAACCGUGGAAGGCGGCGGAUGUUCCGGAUUUCAAUACAAAUUCGACUUUGACACGAAAAAAGCGAGUGACGAUUUGGAAUUCGGUGCAGAAAAUGCAAAAGUCGUCAUUGAUCCAAUUUCUCUUGAGUACAUCGGGGGAGCUACGAUCGAUUAUCACGUCGAACUAAUACGAGCGGGAUUUCGGAUUCUGAGUAAUCCCAAAGCGGAGGGCGGAUGUUCGUGUGGUGCUUCGUUUUCGUUGAAAAUCGACUGA